GCAGCUGUUGUUGGCUUAUUUGGAUCUCAGAUCUCUCUCUCGUGAGCUUCUGAGUUCUCCCUUCUUGUUCUGUCCCGGCCCCUCCGAUCCUCCUCCGAUCGCCUUCCGGCGCUCAAAUCGGGCUUACCGCGGAUUCUGCUGCGAUCUCGAAUUUAGAGAUUUUGCGGCUGCGCGAUUGAGAGAGAUGUCGCGGUGCUUUCCCUACCCUCCGCCUGGGUACGCGAGGAACGGGGUCCGCGAUGAGGCAUUGAUCGAAUCGAUCAAGAAAGAAGCAGAAAAGGCUCAGAAAGAAAGAAAAGAAGAGAAGAAGCGAAGGAAGAGGGAAAAGGAGAAGGCCCGGGAAGAAGGUGAAACCAGUGAGAAGAAGAAGCAUCAUCACAAGAGAAAGCACAGGGAUGGAAGGAGCCAAGAAGAAGAUGACACAAGAGGAGACCAUAACAAGAAACAAAGGGUCAACUCUAAACACGCUGAGAAGAGCAACCUCACGGAAGAGCAUGGGCAGCCUGUCAGUUCCCAGAACUCCACCGACAGCACCCUUAAUAGCAGCAAAGGGCAAGAAACCCCUACAAGCUUAGGCAUGGAGGGGAGGCAGAGAUCUGCGAGCAUUAUCCGGAUCCAGUUGCCCCUGCAAAGGCAGAAAGAUCCCGAUGUGUUGCCCAACAAGGAACAACCUUGUUCUUCUGCCCCAGGAAGGACCAUGAACAAUGGCUUCUUGGCUGCUUCUCAAAAUUGUGGGACUGUUCCUCAGACUAGUUGGGAAAGGGUGGUGCCAGAGAAGCCCUGCUCAACUUCUUCCAUCAAGGGCCGUGAAUCUGCUGCUCCAGGAAAGACCAUUAGCAAUGCCUCCAUGGCGGCUUCUCGGAAUGGUGAUGACAGGGCACGGCCCGAGAAGCCCUCUUCGACUUCUUUGAAGGGCCAAGAAUCUUCUGCUCCAGGAAGGACCAGUGGCCGUGCCUCCUUGGCUGCUUCUCAGAUGCGCGGAACUGGUCCUCAGACUAGUUCAGAUGGGGUCUGCUUUACUUCUUCCCUCAAGAGCCGAGAAUCUUCCGCUCCAGGAAAGACCAAGAGCAACGCCUCCUUGGCUGCUUCUCAAAUGUGUGGGACUGUUCCUCGGACUAGUGGGGCCAGGACAGGGCAGGAGAAGUCUUUUGGCCCAUUAAAGACCAUUAGCAGUGCUUCAUUGUCUGCUCCUCAAGUAUGUGGCAUUGUUCCUCGGAAUAGUAGUGGGCACAGGACAGGGAGUGCUUCUCGAACUAGUGAGGACAGGACAGGGCAAGAGCAGUCUUCUAUCCCAGGAAGGACCAUUAGUGAAGCAUCUUUGGCUGCUCCCCAUAUACAUGGCUCUACUGAUCGGACUAGUGGGGACAAGACAAAACCAGAGCAACCGUGUUCUCCUCUGGCAGGUCAAGAUUCUUCUGCCCUUAAGGUCGGUAAAGAAGAAAAUGACCUGCGUCUUUCUUCUGGAGCAGCGACAGAAACAUCUGCUGAUAGAGCUGAAGCAAGUUCUGCAUUGAUCACGCAUAGGGCUCGCCCUUCUUCAUCUGAGCUCAAGUAUGCAAAGCUGGUGGAGAAUUGGGUUCCACCUACCUUCGUGAAUGGGCCUGAGGGGGAUCUUGAUGAUCAAGAAUGGCUUUUACAAAGGAAGCAGGAGGAUCACAGUGGUGCAAAGGAGGAGAGCAAAGUCGAGAAUGGCAGGCUUGCAUUUACUCAUGGUAGUAGCCUAGGGCCGUGGCCUCGUGUCUGCCUCUUGCCCGAGGCUGAUAUAUAUGCUCUACCUUAUACGGUCCCAUAUUGAGAUGGCCUCUCAAGUAAGUAAAACAUGUCUGGUGCGGGUCCGCUUCAUAGUAAGAGCUCCUUUUGUAUUUGCGUUCUUGGAGGCUACUCAUGUAUUGAUGGGCCGGACAUCUUUUGUGGGAGAAUGUUCGGUGCUGUGGAUGGAGUACCGUUUAAAAUAAGAAGCUUCCACGGGAGAAGAAAGGCCAAGAAAAGAAACUGCUGGGCACAGGCCAAAAACAAAAAAAAUGGAAAGAUAGUUUAUAUAGUCUGAGCUAAUAAGCAAGUUUGCCACCGGGCUCACAUAGAGCUCGCGCUUCUUCGUAUGAGCUGAAGUAUUUGAAGUUGGUGACUUCCGUCUUGAAAGGGCCCAAGAAAGAUCUUGAUGAUCAUCAAGUAUAGCUUUCCCAAAGACUGCGGGAGGAUCACAACAACACGGAUGUGCAGAGCAAAGUCGAGAAUGGCAGACUUGCAUUUACUGAUGGUAGCAACCUGUUGGCGAUGCUUCUUGUCAAUCUCACCCGAGGCUGCUAUAUGCAGUUUUGUACUGAGAUGGCCCCUGAUCUCUCCUAAGUGAAAGUACUACAACUGAUUGUUUUUAAACCGUUUUAUGUGGGUAUGCGUCACGUUUGUAUCGAUGGGUCGGAUAUUUUUUUGCGGGAGAAAGUUGGUUGUGAAUAGAGUUGAAAGUAAGAAGCUUCCUCUCAGAUGGGAAGAAAAAGGCCAAAAAUAAGGCCAAAAAAAAGGAAAAUCAAUGAAUUGUUGUAAACGGGAAAAGGAAAUUUAAUGCAAAAAGUAGUUUAUAAUUUAGUCU